AACGCGACAUCUAUGCAGAGUUUAGUGUCAUCGCGAGCGUGCGUAGCUUGGGUCGUGUGUGUUUUUAUCAGCACUAUAUUGUUUGCAUCCAUUGUAUAAAGAAAUAUGACACGAGAAAUAGCUCAACGCAGUAAUAAUUCACAAUUAUUUGCCGUGUAGUAACUAAAGAAAGUUGGUAAAUUGUGUAAAUGGUGUUGUAUUUAUUGGGCCGUUACGUAGUAAAAUAAUGAAUUUAACAGGCCGCCGCAGUCUUCUGUUUGAAUUGUCGUGAGCCUUGUUGUGGGAUCGAUUUUUAGGUGUUAUUAAUGAAAUUACGGAGGUGCUCGCGAGUGAUAUUGUUACAUAAGGAACCUGUUUUAAAAAACUCCCUUAACGCUGAUGUUCUAUCGUGUUCUAGCUGUGGAGGGCUUAUAAUCGAUAUAAGUUAAUAAAAAAUGCAUAUUUUCCCCAUGGUUUCAUAAGGAUCGGGUCAAUACAGUGCCGGCUAGAACGGCGUUACGAAUGUUGUUGAUUCGCGUACAAAAUGUGGUUUUGUUGAUGACUGCAGUGCGACCGAUUUAUAUAGUCAAAUAGUGAUUGGUGAUUAUGUCAACUUACUUACUGUUUUGUUGUGCCACGGAUUCUUCGAGCUUCAGAGAUAACCUGAGAAACCGCGAAUGAUUUCGAAAACAUCAUUAGAAAAUAUAAAAAGAACUCAAAAUAUUAGAUCAAUAAAUAUAAUAUCAGUAUUAUGUAAAAACUUCAGUGUUAAAUAGUUAGUCGGCCAUUUUGUGUUGCUGCCACCAUUUUUAAUAUGUUUGAAGUUAAGAUGGGUGCUGUGAUCGCAAGAGUCUGCUUGCUGCUCAUGCUCGCUGUAUAUUCUUCUUACGGGGGUGGCUGCAACUUCCCCGAGGGCUGGACCGGCGGCUGGUUCCAGUCGGGUAUCCCAGGUCUCAUCUACAUCAACUCCACGCAUAUGCAGGGGAAAGGCGAGUGCGCCGAAACAGACUCCAACGACAAAUUCCUUGUAUAUGAUAGGAACGAGGACUGUUAUAGAUGUCUAGUUAUACAUGAAAAACACAAAUAUGUGUUACAAUACAAAGAAACAUACUGCGGGCAGAGGGACUCGCUGUCGACGAUGUGUGAGUCCAUCACUGGUGACGCCGCGCUCUACUCCAUGUUCAGGAAGGAGCCCCGGCCGCUACCGCAGCCCUGCCCCUUCCACCCAGCACCAUUUACCUUCACAUACAGCCGUGGGUCCGGUGACUGUGCGAACCCGCCAUCCCGGGCAGAGUCGUGCACGGAUGACUCCCGGCUCCUGUUGCGGUACAUGGCGUGUCCAGACGUGCCCGGGACUGAGAGCAACGUUGAGGAACUGAUCUGCUUGGCCACAUGGAAGGAGGGGUCCACGCGGUACCUCGUGGGACUCAUUCAGCAAGUCCAGAGAAGGAACUCCAUAUCCACAGACGAAGAUAUGUACAGAUGCUUCGUGUACAAAGGCCAGCAUGCUGACAAGCAGGUGACAUACAACAUCGCUCAGUCGGGUGACGCGACCUGCAACGGUCUGACGUCACCUGUCGACGGGAGUCGGACCAUGAAACUUACUAAUAUCGACGACGAGCACAACCGCUGCCACUUCCCGCGCUGGGUGGUGGAGCACCACAAGUGGUUCAGUCUCGACCACGAGCACCAGUACCACUUCACCACCAAGAACGCCACGCUUAAGAUUAUGAAACAGGAUGGUUCGUAUGAGGAGAAGAGGCUGGUCUGCCACUCAAUUCUAGAACAGAAGGAGAAGAAACUAGUGAAACUAGUCGCGCAUCUAACGCAGGGAUGUGAAUCCGGCCACGUGUGCGUGGUCCUGGCUCGUCGCGAGGGCGCAGUCCUAGAGCUGCGACUUGGGUCCUCUCUCCACGACGCCCCCCACCAUGCAUGCAGCCAUGACUCCUUCGCCAAGCAUGUCACGCUAAUCACGACAUCGCUAUACCCAGUGCGUUGCCCAAUGCUGGGAAGAUACAACGUCAUUGAUUCGUUGGCGGACAGACGCCGCAGACGACAACAGCUGACUAUUGAUGAGACUACAGGUGAAGAGAUAGCAGAGAACCCUGUGGAGUGUGUGAUGGGGCAGUAUGACAGCGCCAGCAUCGGCUGCGGAGCCUCGCAGGACACCAUUGAGUUCCAAUCUGCAUGCACCAGCACUGUGUACAGCUGCCUGGGCGGCUGGCGCGAGGGUCAGCUGGGGCUGGUGGUGGCGGCGCCGGCGCGGGGGGGGGGCCUCACGCACGCGCUCUGCUUCCUCUACACCACCUACCUCAGGAACGUCUCGUCGGGUUCCGCAGUACAGUACCUGUCGGUGUCGGCCGUGUCGCGCUCGUGUGACCGCGCUGUCACGCCCGGGGUCGCCGGGGAUAAGGCCUACAACCUCACUAUCAAUGGUACAUGUGAGCAGAGUAGCAAGUACAACAGCCUGUCAGUCCGUCUGGUCCCGGGCUGGGUGUUGCUGCUGGCGGCGCUGCUGGCGGCCCGCCGGUGAUACCGCGCGUGAGGCAGGCCCGGGUUUGGACGGCAGGCGGUCUAGGGGCCAACCGGGGAACGGUUCUUGAUACUUUAUAGACAGCUGUUUGAAAUUUAAACGGUCAUUUAAAUUAUUUAUCAGUUAUUUCCUUUAUUUAAUCAUAAAGAUUAGUUGCAAUUUUAAA